AUGCUUGCCCGGCACGCGCCCGCGACCCAGGUCCUCUCCGGCGCCACGCACCGCGUCCUGCCCUCGGCCUCGACCGCCGCCCGUCUUUCCGCCACUACCUCGUCGGCCCGCACCCAGCGGAGAAGCCUCGCGACCGUCCAGGACGCCCCCGUCCACCGCCACGGCGGCCUCAAGGACCAGGACCGCAUCUUCCAGAACCUCUACGGCCACCAUGGCGCCGACCUCAAGAGCGCCAUGAAGUACGGCGACUGGCACAAGACCAAGGAGAUUGUCCUCAAGGGCCACGAAUGGAUCAUUUCCGAGAUCAAGGCCUCUGGCCUGCGUGGCCGUGGUGGCGCCGGUUUCCCCUCGGGCAUGAAGUGGUCUUUCAUGAACUUCAAGGAUUGGGACAAGGACAACAAGCCGCGCUACCUGGUCGUCAACGCCGACGAGGGUGAGCCCGGCACGUGCAAGGACCGUGAGAUUAUGCGCAAGGACCCGCACAAGCUCAUCGAGGGCUGUCUGGUUGCCGGCCGUGCCAUGAACUGCACGGCCGCAUACAUCUACAUCCGUGGCGAGUUCUACCACGAGGCGACGGUCCUGCAGCGCGCCAUCCAGGAGGCCUACCAGGCCGGCCUGAUUGGCAAGAACGCCUGCGGCUCUGGCUACGACUUUGACGUCUACAUCCACCGUGGAAUGGGCGCCUACGUCUGCGGCGAGGAGACGUCGCUGAUUGAGUCCCUGGAGGGCAAGCCCGGCAAGCCCCGCCUGAAGCCUCCUUUCCCCGCUGCCGUGGGUCUGUUCGGCUGCCCCUCGACCGUUGCCAACGUCGAGACCAUUGCCGUCGCGCCCACCAUUUGCCGUCGCGGUGGCAACUGGUUCAACUCAUUCGGCCGCGAAAGGAACGCAGGCACCAAGCUCUUCUGUAUCUCGGGCCACGUCAACAACCCUUGCACUGUUGAGGAGGAGAUGUCGAUCCCGCUGCGCGAGCUGAUCGACAAGCACUGCGGCGGCGUGCGCGGCGGCUGGGACAACCUGAAGGCGGUGAUCCCUGGCGGGUCAUCGACGCCGAUUCUGCCAAAGCACGUGUGCGACGAGCAGCUGAUGGACUUUGACGCGCUCAAGGACUCGCAGUCGGGUCUGGGCACGGCGGCCGUCAUCGUCAUGGACCAGUCGACGGACGUGGUGCGCGCCAUUUCGCGCCUGAGCAAGUUCUACAAGCACGAGUCGUGCGGCCAGUGCACGCCGUGCCGCGAGGGCUCCAAGUGGACCUAUCAGAUCAUGCAGCGCUUCGAGAAGGGCCAGGCCCGUGACCGCGAAAUCGACAUGCUUCAGGAGCUGACCAAGCAGGUCGAGGGCCACACCAUUUGCGCUCUGGGUGAGGCUUUUGCCUGGCCCCUUCAGGGCUUGAUCCGUCAUUUCCGUCCUGAGCUUGAGGCUAGGAUAAAGGACUUUUCGGCCAAGAACGGCGGCAUGCCGCUCGCGGGUGGUUGGGCUCAUGACACUGGAAAGAAGGGCGGUCUGGUUGCUCCGGGACAGUAG